AUGACUGUACUAUCAAACAUUAAAGAGACACUUGAUGACAUUGCAACAGACACUGGACUCAACUCUGAUGAUCCUGCUCUGCCAACAUUGAACAUCCUUCGGAUAUUGUUCUCAAAGGAGAGAUUGAACAAGUUGGAGUACAUGACACGCCAGACAUCCAAAUUCAGGUUGGCUUUCGUUGGUCCCUCUGGCUCGGGCAAGACCACAUUGAUCAACACUCUAUUAGGUACCCAAUUGCCCAUUGUGUCAGCAACUCGUAUCACCGUACUACGCUACGCCCCCCUUGCCGAAGCAUCAAUCAGACUCUUCAAGCUCCUUCCGGGUGAUUCAAAAGAGUGCGAGGAUGAACCUGUUGUAAGUCUAGCCACAGUGACCAACGCAAGGCAAGCGACCAAGAUGGCCGAUCCAUAUCUUCGUUGUCCGCUUGAGGAUGGUGCCAGCGAUGGUAUGAUUGAGUGGAUGCAGAAGGUUGUGGUGAUCAGCUAUCCCAUACCCAUGCUUGAGAGCGGUCUGGAGGUGCACGACAUUCCAGGCUCAAAGCUAGAUAACCUAAAAGAGAUGCGGUCCAACUUCUUCUCGGUUGUCCGUCCCAACGCCGCUGUCUUUUGCUACGCCAACCCAGCAUUCUCAGACGCUGAGGUAUACUCAUAUCAAGACUUUGUCGACAACAUGCAAGUCAAGUUUGGUGAUGGGUUCAAUGCGGACUCACAUCUCUUCAUGGCAAACACCAAGUUCAAUGUGGCAGCCUACAAGAACAGUCAUCACAUUGAACACAUCAAUGAUGUGACUGAUGAACAACUGAUCAAUGAGGAGAUUACGAUCUAUCAACACUUGAAGGAACGUUCAGUGUUGGAUGGAUGGGCCAGGCCAGAACAGUUCUCAAUGGUCAACUCAAUGGACUACUUGGCAUCCAAGAGUGGCAUUCAUACUUGA